AUGGCUGAAGGUUUGAAGGACGACGCCAAACCCCAUCUAAUCUUCACCUACGGCACACUCAAACAAGGCUUCCACAACCACAAGCUAACGCAGGACCUUAUCAAUCAUGACGACGCCGUUUUGUUAGGCCCCUACAUCACCCGCCAUUCUUACCCGCUCGUCUGUGGACCCUACGGAAUCCCCUACCUGAUCAACCUCCCAGGGUCCGGUCACCGGGUCAAGGGCGAGCUCUACUCCGUGUCGACCCGAGGACUCGCUCGACUCGACGAAUUGGAGGGCACGAGCAUCGGGCACUACGAGCGGCUACCUGUUGAUGUGAUGAAUGCCGACGACGACGUCGUUUCGGUGGAGGCUCAGGCGUAUUACGCGCACAGAAGCUUUGGGCCUGCGAUGUGGGAGAGAAAUGGGAAGGCGGGUUUGAGUGAGUUCACGGAGAAGGAGGCCAAAGGGUACGUGAAAAGAAAAGAUAGGCCUUGCCAGGGUCGCGCCAUUCUUGAGGACGUCCGGCAUUUUGUGUCCGGAAUGUGA